AUGGUGAGAGAAGCGAUUCCUAGUGUCAAUGAGGUCAAUUUCCUCUUGGAGUCUCUCAGACAAGGUAGACGUGUCGAUGGCCGUGAAGUGUACGACAUGCGUUCUCUCGACAUCAAAUUGGGGUUGGAUUUUGGUUACGUCGAAGUGCAGCUUGGUAGAACUCGAGUAGCAGCCAAUGUCUCUGCUGAAGUGGUUCGUCCCAUGGCAGACAAGCCCACAGAAGGUCAAUUCCUGAUCAACACAGAGAUCUCUCCUAUGGCUGCUCCAUUCUUUGAAUCUGGAUCUCGUUCAGAGGAAGAGGUUUUGAUCAGUAGAAUUGUGGAAAAAGCAUUGCGUAGAAGUAGAGCCAUUGACACAGAAGGCCUCUGUAUUGUUGCAGGCGAAAAAGUAUGGCAGAUCCGUGUGGAUCUCUUGUUCCUCGACCAUGACGGCAACCUUGUGGAUUGUGCUUCCAUAGCGGCCAUCACUGCUUUAUUGCAUUUCAGACGUCCAGAUGUUACAGUGUCUGGUGAAGAAGUUACAAUCCACCCUGUCGAUCAAAGAAAUCCAGUGCCCUUGAGUAUUCACCAUAUACCAAUCUGUAUCACAUUCUCGUUUUAUGAUAAAGGUGAGCUUUUAGUUGUUGAUCCUAGCUAUCUUGAGGAGCAAGCAAAGGAAGGCGACAUGACAAUUACAAUGAACAUACACAAGGAGAUUUGCGCUUUAUCGAAAGCAGGUGGUAUACCUUUAGAGAUGGAUCAAGUAUUGAGAUGUUCACAAAUUGCCAUCCUCAAAGUCACCGAAAUCGAUGAAUUGAUCAAGAAGGUAUUGGAAGACGAUAAAGAAUCAAGACAAAAAGCUCGUAAAUAA